AUGGAUGUUCAAAGGUUCAAUCAUAGGAAAAAUGAUCAUAUUUCAAGAUAUACUGAGCCAGCUGAUUGGAGUCAAACUACAUUGGAAAAAGAUGCUGCUAAGAUCUACACCAGGUCUAUAUUUUUUGAUCAGCAAUUAGAGAUACAUGGAACAAUUUCCGAAUGUUUGCCGAUGGACACCAAAGUUGAAGGUCCACGUAUCAGAAUAUUGUUGAAGGAUUUUAAAGCACAUGGAGAUGGUUUAUUGGAGGUGUGGUUCAAGAAUCUCGAGAAUGAUGUAACUGCACAGUGUAGCUGUUUGCGUUUUGAGCAGUAUGGGCUGCUAUGCAAACACAUAUAUUUUCUUUUCAAGAUGUUUGGUGUUAAAGAAAUACCAAACAAAUAUGUUAUGAAGAGAUGGACGAAGGAUGUUGUGCCGAAUGAGUUAAAUGUUAAGUACAAUCUAAAUGUGGGGGGCAAGGAUGUGCAUCAGAGGGCUAAACGGAUUGCUCGUGAAAUCAUCCACACAGGGGAGUAUUUGGUUAGUAAUUUGAUUUCCGACUUUGAUCAACUUGUCUUAGUGAGGGAUCAAAUGAUGCAGCUUAAAGGGAGAGUUGAUCAGAGGAAAAAGAAGAUGAAGGGUGUCCAGAUUGAAGAUGGUGUGAGAGACAAAGACAACGAGGGUAAAGACGACGAAGAGGAAGAUGACUUUGAAGAUUACAUCAAUGAUGAUGGAUCUGAAGAAGAAGAUUAG